AUGGGCAUUUCUUCAGAAAUUGCAGCAGCUGCAAUUAUAUUUUUGUGCCUGUGGAGUGUUGCAGACAGCGUUCCCAACACCAACAUCACUACGAUUCUGUGCAACGUUGGGACGUACACCUCAGGUGAUCCUUUUGCUUUGAGUUUAUCCUAUGUUGUUGAGGAAUUGGAGACAGAGACUCCAACUCGGAAAAAUUACGAUUACUACAACAUUUCUCCUUAUCCUAAUGCCUUUGCCAAUGGACAUGCUGCUUGCAACCUUAAUUUGACUUCCUCUGACUGCAAAACCUGUCUUGGUGUUGCCAAAACGACCGUGUUCAGCGGAUGUCCCAAACGCAUAGGAGCUCGUUCGGUGCUGCAUGAUUGUACAAUCAGGUAUGAGCAGUACCCAUUUGAUGAUUAG